AUGGCGUUUUCGCUAUUCUCCGUCGUCUCACUUACUGUUAUUUAUCGGUUGACCAUCAACUUUCCGGAACUACCGUAUACGGCCGAAUUGAAAAAUUUGGAAUCCGAGGAGUUUUUGGUGAACUCGAAACAUAUUGCUCAUGAGAUUCAGCACUUGGUGAAGGAUUUAGAAGGAAAGCAUACGGCGAGGGUUGUGGAUUUUAAGUACCAUAAAAUAAUUGGCUCACUUGUCUAUGUGGAUUUGUAUGCCGAAAAAGAGUCGCCACGUGUGUCCGAUGUCCUGUUGUCCGCAAUUAAAUCCGGUAAAAUCGGAAAUCUUACGGUUUCCGAUGAAGGAUUUGAGCUACAUGUUGUGAGAGAUUCCUCUACAGCAUGUGCUGCCACCGAAUUCACAUGCCUCGACAAGACUUGUAUCCCUGCCGACCAGAGAUGCGACGGAAGACGUGACUGUCCAGAUGGAUCAGAUGAGCACAAGGAUCAUGGAAAAUGCAAACAGCACCAGCCAAUCAUUCAUCAAACUGAAAAAAUCGUCUUUGCACAGAAGCAUGGAUCCAUUCAUUUGUCAGCCAGUAUUGAUAACUCGGUUAAGGAUAGUCAGAUUGCCUGGUCCAAAGACUCUGUCCUUCUGGGCGUUGGAUCUUUGACGUUAGCUGAGGACGGUCGUGUUACUGUAUACAAAAAAGGAGACAAACACCAUCUGCACAUCCAGAAUGCCACUGAUUCCGAUGAUGGAACCUACAAGAUGAUCAUUCAGGGAAUGAAUGUUGAAGCUGAUUUUGAGGUGCGCAUCACAUCGGACCACCUGGCCAUCGAGUCCGACGAGUGCCCAAGCGGAGAACGUUCCUGUAAAUCUGGUCACUGUCUUCCAGUUUCCCAAUUCUGUGACCGUCGUGUACAGUGUCCAGAUGGUGAUGACGAGGAGAACUGCUCCGAAGUGCAAUGCAAAUCGAAUGAGUUCCGAUGCGAGUCGACAAAUGUUUGUGUGCCAACGGUCGUCGUUUGUGAUGGAUGGAAGGAUUGUCAUGAUGGUUCGGAUGAGAAGACUUGCUCCCACCCACGCAAGACCUACAAACCCCAUCAUAAUCAUGUCAAAGUCAACGCAAUGUGUCAAGACGGCUCAGAACCAGAAUUCAGUCUUCACGGAUCCAGCUACUGUUGGUCCAAUAAAGUGUGCCCCUCGCUCACAGAAUGUGUUCAUGGAUUGUGCUGUCCGAUUUCUAAAACCAGAAAACGUCAAAGCGAGUGCCUUGAAGGACAAUUCAAAUGCAACACUGGUCAGUGUAUUGAGGAUAGUCAAAAGUGUAAUCGCAAGUAUGAUUGUGCUGAUGGAUCCGAUGAAACCACGUGUGAUUACUAUCUCGCUGUUCAAAAAUACCAUGAGCAACAAGAAAGACAAGACUCCCAACCAGCUCCAACCCAUGCUCCAUCUCACCACCAACAACCACCUCCACCAGCAUCCACCGAAGAGCAAUCGGACAAUCUGGUGUGCAACGAUCAAGAGUUCCGUUGCCCAUACCUCGCUCAGACCCGCUGCUUCCACUACGACAAACUCUGUGAUGGAGUAGAUGACUGUGGAGAUGGAUCAGAUGAAACAAACUGUGAUUCGAAUGAAGAUCAGGAUCAACCAGCCGCCCCUAUCCCGCCACCAGCACCAGCUCCAGCAUCUGCAGAGAAGAUGAGUGGAAGAUGUUCGGAGAGACAAUUCGAGUGUAAACGAGAUGGAAAAUGUAUUGAUAAGACGUUGGAGUGUAAUCAUAAGUAUGAUUGUGAGGAUGGUUCAGAUGAAACCGAAUGUGAAUACUUCAAAGCAGCAAUGGCUCGUCGUGGAGAGUCUUCUACUGUGUCUACUACUACCGAACAGCAACAUCACCAGCAACACCAUCAGCAACAACACCAAGGACAUCAUCAACACAAUCAAGCUCAGCAACAUCCAGCUCAACCCGCUCAACCAUCCCACGACGCCCACGAAGAGCACAGACGCCGUCUUGAAGAACACCAUCGUCGUGAAGAAGAGCACCGACGUCGUCAAGAAGAAGAAUCGCGUGCACGUGCCCAUCAACAGAGCCUUCUACACGCAAGUCAAGUGGAGAGUACUGAAGUCACAUUCCACGAUGAAUACGAUGGAGACAGUGGUGUCGGAUGUUUGGAGCACGAGUUUCAGUGUGCUAUUGGAGAGUGUAUUGAUAAACGCCGCGUUUGCGACACUCGUCCCGAUUGUCUCGACGCCUCGGACGAGCAGAACUGUUCGGACCGCGCCCAACCAUCGCAACCGGACCAUCAUCAGCAACAUCAUGUUGCGCAACCACCACCAUCUCUUCCCUCGGCUCCAGUGAACAACUAUCCGGGUCAGUUUGCAACACUGAACUUUUGUUCAUUUUUAAGUGGGGGUAAUCAUGAGAAGUGUGCACUUAACGCAGGAGGAAUCUCAAAAAUCCAAAAAAAUCCAAAAUUCAAGGCAUCUGGAACUUUCUGA